AUGAGUAUCGAGUUACUUCGUGUCAGGCUUGAUGACUAUGCAAAAUUCUUUGCCUCUGUGUACCAAAACAUACCAAUUGACAUGAAAAUUCCAUGUCCCACACACAUGCUGAACAAGUACACCUCGCAGCUCCUGCGUCUCCGCCUGGCAAUGCCAUCCCAUUUCCACGCCCAUCUCGACAAACCCAUCCCCGAGCUCCCCUCUCUCUUCAACACCAGAUGGCCUCUUGUGCCCAACCACAUUGACCUGUUCGAGAACAAUAUCCACGUCGAUUCCGGCACGGGCCGGCUCACGGGCAUUUGUGACUGGCAUGGCGCCGAGGUGAGCCCCUUUGGCACGGCGCUGGGAUGGGUCGAGGUUGCGCUCGGCACACUCACCUCCAACGGUGACCUUUGGCGCUACCACUCGGCGCAUGAGGAGCUGAGAGCGCAUUUCUGGACACUCUUCUACGGCUACUGCGGGGGGCUGCAGGCGGCGGACAGGCGGUGUCUGGAGACUGCGAGGCUCGUGGGUCUCUUUCUGACACAUGGAUUGCAGGGAAAUGAGCCAGCAGCCGCCGGGAGCGAGGAGCUGGGAUUCCUAUGGGCCGUUCUCCGGCAUGGCGACCCAUUGUCAGCGCAUGCGACAGCACUGCGAGCCUUGAGCUGUAACGACGGUUGA